UGGAAGAAGCUCGCGCAUGCGCAGUCUGGGCCCUUCGUCUCAGCUGUGCGGAAGGGGCUGAGGGUAACCUCCCGGACCCGGGGGAGCCUGUUGGGGUCAUGGCCUCCCACUGACAGGGCUAGGCGAGUAGAGAAGGGAGCGAGGCCGUUCCGCUACACCCUUCCCCGGGCCUGAGGCCGGUCGGCCUGGCCCUCGGCCUUCCCGCUGGGUGCUGCCGCCGUCAGUGCCGGCUGAGGAGGGGAGAUGAGUUGGUUCAACGCCUCCCAGCUCUCCAGCUUCGCCAAGCAGGCCCUGUCCCAGGCCCAGAAGUCCAUCGACAGGGUGCUGGACAUCCAGGAUGAGGAGCCUAGCGCCUGGGCCGAGACCAUUCCCUAUGGAGAGCCGGGAAUAAGUCCUCCUGUCAGUGGAGGAUGGGAUAGUUCAACCUGGGGAUUAAAAUCAAGCACUGAACCUCAGAGUCAACCGGUAGCCUCUCCUAAAGCAAUUACAAAGCCAGUUCGGAGAACAGUGGUAGAUGAAUCUGAAAAUUUCUUCAGUGUCUUUCUCUCUCCAACGGAUGUCCAGACCAUUCAGAAGGGUCCAGUGGUAUCAAAACCACCAGCCAAAUCUCAACGACCAGAAGAAGAAGUGAAAAGUACCUUACAGGAAUCCUUGCACACUGGACAGUCAAGAACAACUGAAACAACUGAGUCAAAAGUAAAAGACUCUUCUCCCUGUGUUGUAUUGAAGGAAACUCUGGCAGUAGGUACUCCAUCACCUAAAACAGAAGGCAAGCAUGAAGAAACUGUUAAUAAAGAAUGUGAUACAAAGGUGUCAACUGUACCUUUGAAAGUAUCUGAAAGUGUAAUUACUGUGAAAACCACUAGGGAAAAUAUAUCUAAUAUGUCCACACAGUCUCUCACAGCAGAAACAAAGGACAUGGCUUUGGAACCUAAGGAACAAAAGCACGAAGACAGACAGAGCAAUACACCUUCUCCUCCUGUUAGUACCUUCUCAUCAGGUACUUCUACCACCAGUGAUAUUGAAGUUUUAGAUCAUGAAAGUGUAAUAAGUGAGAGCUCAGCAAGUUCGAGACAAGAGACUACAGAUUCAAAAUCAAGUCUUCACUUAAUGCAGACAUCUUUUCAGCUUCUCUCAGCAUCUGCUUGUCCUGAAUAUAAUCGUUUAGAUGAUUUCCAGAAACUCACUGAGAGUUGCUGCUCAUCUGAUGCUUUUGAAAGAAUAGACUCAUUUAGUGUACAGUCAUUAGAUAGCCGUAGUGUAAGCGAAAUCAAUUCAGAUGAUGAAUUGUCAGGCAAGGGAUAUGCUUUAGUACCUAUUAUAGUUAAUCCUUCAACUCCAAAGAAUAAGAUAGUUGAAUCUGUUGAAGGAAAAUCUGAAGAAGAAGUAAAUGAAACAUUAAUUAUACCCACUGAGGACACAGAAAUGGAAGAAAGUGGACGAAGUGCAACUCCUGUUAACUGUGAACAGCCUGAUAUCUUGGUUUCUUCUACGCCAAUAAAUGAAGGACAUACUCUCUUAGACAAGGUGGCUGAGGAGGGCGAAGCUGCUGAAAGUCAGCCAGAAGCACUUUCUGAGAAAGAAGAUGUUUGCAAGACAGUUGAAUUUCUGAAUGAGAAACUGGAUAAAAGGGAGGCUCAGCUAUUAUCUCUUAGUAAAGAAAAAGCACUUCUAGAAGAAGCUUAUGACAAUCUGAAAGAUGAAAUGUUCAGAGUGAAAGAAGAAAGCAGCAGCAUUUCUUCCUUGAAAGUUGAGUUUACUCAGAGAAUUGCAGAAGCAGAAAAGAAAGUUCAGCUAGCCUGCAAAGAGAGAGAUGCUGCUAAAAAGGAAAUCAAAAAUAUGAAAGAAGAACUUGCCACUAGAUUAAAUAGUAGUGAAACUGCAGACCUUUUGAAAGAGAAAGAUGAGCAGAUCCAAGGGUUAAUGGAAGAAGGAGAAAAACUUUCAAAACAGCAGCUGCAGAAUUCUAACAUCAUUAAGAAAUUAAGGGCUAAAGACAAAGAAAAUGAAAAUAUUAUCACAAAACUGAACAAAAAAGUUAAAGAGCUAGAAGAAGAGUUGCAACAUUUAAAACAGGUGCUUGAUGGCAAAGAAGAGGUUGAGAAACAACAUAGAGAAAAUAUUAAAAAACUAAAUUCUGUGGUAGAACGCCAAGAGAAAGAUCUUGGCCGACUUCAAGUAGACAUGGAUGAACUUGAAGAAAAGAACCGAAGUAUUCAGGCUGCUCUUGAUAGUGCCUACAAAGAACUUACUGAUCUCCACAAAGCCAAUGCUGCAAAGGAUAGUGAGGCACAGGAAGCUGCUCUAAGUCGUGAAAUGAAAGCUAAAGAAGAACUUUCUGCAGCACUAGAGAAAGCCCAAGAAGAAGCCCGUCAGCAGCAAGAAACAUUAGCAAUUCAAGUGGGGGACCUUAGGCUGGCACUGCAACGUGCAGAACAAGCAGCUGCCAGAAAAGAGGAUUAUUUACGCCAUGAGAUCAGUGAACUCCAGCAGAGACUCCAGGAAGCAGAGAAUCGAAACCAAGAACUGAGUCAAAAUGUUUCAACAACAACAAGACCAUUGCUUCGACAGAUAGAAAAUUUGCAAGCAACUCUGGGGUCCCAGACAUCAUCAUGGGAGAAGUUAGAGAAGAAUCUUUCUGAUAGGCUUGGUGAAUCCCAGACCUUGUUGGCAGCAGCAGUAGAAAGAGAACGUGCGGCUACAGAAGAACUCCUUGCCAACAAAAUUCAGAUGUCUUCCAUGGAGUCACAGAAUUCUCUCUUAAGACAGGAAAACAGUAGAUGUCAGGCCCAGCUAGAAUCAGAGAAAAAUAGGCUAAGAAAACUGGAGGAUGAAAAUCAUAGGUACCAGAUUGAAUUAGAAAACCUAAAAGAUGAAUAUGUAAGAACACUUGAAGAGACAAGGAAAGAAAAGACACUGUUGAAUAGUCAGUUAGAAAUGGAAAAAAUGAAAGUUGAACAAGAAAGGAAGAAAGCAAUUUUCACUCAAGAAGCAAUAAAAGAAAAGGAACGGAAGCCAUUUUCUGUUUCUAGCACUCCCACAAUGUCACGCUCGAGUUCAAUAAGUGGAGUUGAUAUGGCAGGGCUACAGACAUCUUUCAUGUCUCAGGAUGAGCCUCAUGAUCAUUCAUUUGGACCAAUGUCUUUAUCGGCAAAUGGAAGCAAUCUAUAUGAUGCUGUAAGGAUGGGAGCAGGAUCAAGCAUUAUUGAAAAUCUACAGUCUCAGCUAAAGCUAAGGGAAGGAGAAAUUACCCAUUUACAGCUAGAAAUCAGCAAUCUAGAAAAAACUCGCUCAAUAAUGGCUGAAGAGCUAGUUAAAUUAACAAAUCAAAAUGAUGAACUUGAAGAGAAAGUGAAGGAGAUACCCAAACUUCGAACUCAGCUGAGAGAUUUGGAUCAAAGAUACAACACUAUUCUGCAGAUGUAUGGAGAAAAAGCAGAAGAGGCAGAAGAACUUCGAUUAGAUCUUGAAGAUGUAAAAAAUAUGUAUAAGACUCAAAUAGAUGAACUUUUAAGACAAAGGCUCAGUUAACUUCUGAAAAUGACAUUCCUAUCAAACUGAAUGUAAACAUUUAAUAUCUAAAUGCAGACUUCCAAUAAAUUCUUUUAUAGAAUUAGAAAGUGGAAUUUACUGUAGAGUUCAAAAAUUGAAAAAAAAAUUGUUUUAUAGUAUAUAGUAAUAUUUGAAGUUAAAUUAUUUUGUGCAAUAUUUGAACUUUAUUUUUGAGACUAUUCUUUAAAGAUUUAUUUUUUAAAGCAUCCUUCUUUUUUUUUGCCUUAAAUAGCACAGAGAUUUAUUACUUUAUCCUCAUAUCAAUAUGGUUAGGGAAGGAGAAUGAUGUUCAUAUAUGUAUUGUAGAUAUAUAACUAAUUGUAUCUAUAAUUUGUAUCUGUUUGUAUAUAUCGAAAACAUUUAAAGAGUGAUAUUAACAUAUUGAAACUUUGAAAUCUUCCACAAUUAAAUCUCUAAUUACUACUCAUGAAAAUGGACAUUAAGGGAUCAAGUAAAAAAAUUAUUAAACCUGCAGUUAUUACAGUUUGAACUAAUUUUUUUCUUUUAAAGUAGAAGUCACACUGACAUUGUCUGAAGUUUAAAAGAUGAAUAAUUUAAACUUUAAAAUUUUUGUGAUCUGAAAACUUAUUUCCCCCAGAUUCCACAAAUUUUGGUACUAUCUCGAAAGCUGUAGCUAUUCAAAGUUAUGAAGGCAUGAUUGGAUGGUGGAAAAAGUUGACUUAAAAACAAUUUUGUGAUGGUAUCACUAACACUUAAGUGAUUUUGAAGAGGUAUUGUUUUACUACCUUAUAAAAUGAGUCAAAAGUAAUAAAAUUAUUAAUAUGAUUUUCUCUAAAAAUUGUUCACAUUUUGUAAAGCCUUAUUUUUGGCUUUAUAUUUAAAAAUGAAUGUUUGCUAUUACAGAAUAUCCAUAACAAAAUAGAGAAAGUAUAGAGUUAAUUUAAAUUUGGCAUUUUGCAAUUCUGUGUAGUUGAUCAUUUUAUUUUUUUCUUGAACCUUUAAACACAAAAAUAGUGUGGAAUAACUUGAAAAAAAUAGCUAUGCCUUCUUCCAAAUGUUUGUUCAAAAGUUAACCGGGCUGUGUUUUAGACUUGUGAAAUAUUUUGAUACAUUUUAUUACUGAAAGUCAUUUGGCUGCCUUUUCUUCCAAAUAAAUUUAGUUAAAUUUUAAACAGUAGAACUUUGAAAUAUUGCUGUAAGUAAGCCAUGUUAAUGAAUUUGGAAUGCUUUUCAGGGCAAUUCAAGUGACCUCAUUUUUGUUCUUUUUGUAUUUCAGACAGUAUUUCUGUCAUUGGAUCUCUGAUUUGUAGCAUUAAUAAAUAUUCUUUCAAUGUGAGCCAGGUUCAUAAAACUAAUUUUCUGUAUUUUAGUGGUAAAAAGCAAUGUAAUAACUUUUUGUCAUCUUGAUUUUUUUUUCUUAAUAUUCAGGGGCUGACAGGGAAUGACAAGACUGAUAGCAAUAAAAAAUAUACAGAAUCAGAAAACUAGAGGUUUAGGAAUUAUGAAAUUUUUCUUUUAAAAUAUACAUUAGUGAGGGAAAAAAAGCCUUCAAUUGUGGAGAAAAGAUUGAAAUAAAACUCAUAUACCUUUCAAUUUACUAAUACUAAACAUUCUUUUCUCUUAAUCCUUAUCAACAUUAAUAAAAUCAAUUCAACUUAA